UCAAUAUAUCCAACACUCAAAUCUUCUUCUUACUAAAAUGUCCACUAAAAUGAGUCACUUGACAACUUGUUUAGUGUUCUUGCUUCUUGCCUUUGUGACUUAUACUUAUGCUUCCGGCGUAUUUGAGGUCCAUAACAAUUGCCCAUACACCGUCUGGGCGGCAGCAACCCCCAUAGGCGGUGGCAAACGUCUUGAGAGAGGUCAAAGUUGGUGGUUCUGGGCCCCACCAGGUACUAAAAUGGCACGUAUAUGGGGCCGUACUAAUUGCAACUUCGAUGGUGCUGGUAGAGGUUCGUGUCAGACUGGUGAUUGUGGUGGUGUCCUGGAAUGUAAAGGAUGGGGUAAACCACCAAAUACCUUGGCCGAAUACGCCUUGAACCAAUUCAGCAACCUAGAUUUCUGGGACAUUUCUGUAAUUGAUGGAUUCAACAUUCCCAUGUCUUUUGGACCAACUAAGCCUGGGCCUGGAAAAUGUCACGGAAUUCAAUGUACUGCCAAUAUAAACGGUGAAUGCCCUGGUCAACUUAGGGUACCUGGAGGAUGUAACAACCCUUGUACCACAUUUGGAGGACAACAAUAUUGUUGCACCCAGGGUCCAUGUGGUCCUACAGAGUUGUCAAGAUGGUUCAAACAAAGAUGCCCCGAUGCCUAUAGUUAUCCUCAAGAUGAUCCUACAAGCACAUUUACUUGCCAGAGUUGGACUACAGAUUACAAGGUUAUGUUCUGUCCUUAUGGCGCUACUCACAAUGAAACAACAAAUUUUCCAUUGGAGAUGCCUACAAGUACUCUUGAAGUGGCUUAAUUAAGUAGAUUCAUAAGAGGAGCCAUCUCUUUCUUGUUUAUUAGCUUGAAUUUGGUCAUUAUUUGUCUUUGUAUUCCCAUGCACAUUUCUUUUAAUUUGGUUUCUUGAGGUGGCUAAGAUCUGAAUAACCAUCGAUCAAUCGAUCACAUAUAGUACUUUGUCCCGCACAUGGUGUCUUUAAUUUUCA